UGCACUCUGCGCGCGACGGUCGAAUGCGGAAGUAACCUAGUAAUGUUUUGCUGCUUUUUCACGGAAAUGUGCAACUAAUUCGCUGAUAUAAUGCCACGAGGGAGGCUUACAACUUUUUCAAGUUAACUCGUUGGUGGUUAUUCAAACAAAUGUGAGGGCCUGUGAGACAUGGAGGAGCUCUACACUUUAGAAAAGGAGGUAGGGCGAGGCAGCUAUGGCGUGGUCUUUGAGGGUCAUAUAGCCAAAACAGGAAAAAAGGUGGCUAUUAAGCAUCUGCCCUGCAGGGACCCGGAAUGCAUUGAACUGUACUUGCAAGAACUGUGGGCCAUGAGAGCCACAGCCAAGAACCAUGUCAACAUUAUUGCACUCCAUAGCAGCCUCCUGCAGACGGGACAGAGGAGUUUGAAGCCCCUAAGAAAGGGGAAGCUGCCUUUACAGCUAGUUGAAAGUGUGCUAAAAGGAAGUGUUGGUCAAGAUAGAGGUUCUCAGUCUAACCCUCGAAGGAGGACUAACGCUGUGUCCAGACUUCAAGACAGGACCAACUCUCCUCCAUCAAACUCACCCUACUCUUUAACUCCACAAAGACCUCCAAAAAGAGCCAGGAAAAGGCCAUCCCAGAGAGGGGACGAGCAGCCGGGAUCCAUGCGCUGCUCGGCCUUGUGGCUCGUGAUGGAGUACUGUGACGGAGGUGACUUGAAUCAGUAUCUGCUCUCCAGGCCACUGGACGCCCAUGGCAACCACAGUGUGGUGCAGCAGCUCAGCAGUGCCGUAGCCUUCCUGCAUAACCUUGGUAUAAUCCAUCGAGACCUAAAGCCUGACAAUGUGCUUGUCAGUGUUACACCGAGUGGUCCUAUUUUUAAGGUCGCUGACUUUGGUCUGAGCAAGAUGAGUGAGGGCCUAGUGGAUGGAAACCUGACCAGGAAGCACUUCUCUUCCACCUGUGGCUCAGACUUUUACAUGGCUCCAGAGGUUUGGGGUGGACUGACCUACACAGCCCAGGCAGACAUCUUCUCGCUAGGUGUGAUGUUCUGGGCCAUCCUGGAGAGAAUCACCUUCGUGGAGGAAGGUACCACACAGGAACAACUUGGUGCUUACGUGUGUAAGGGUCGCUGGUUGAUGCCACUUGGUGAAGCUUUGUGGGAGAACGCUGAUCUCCAAUUGUGUAUUCCCAUGAAGUGGAAGAGAGCAGCCCCGCUGCCCACCCCUCCCGGCCCAGCGAUGUGUGGCCUGCUUUUCGACAUGCUCUCCUCAAACCCGGAUUCCCGGCCCACAGCGGACCAGCUGGAGUCCAGAGUGCGCAGCGCUCUGAAAGAGGACUCUCACUGAGACAAAGCACUCCUAAUGGCCACAGCCAGCACGUGGAAACAUUUCCUGUGGACCCAACCGACUGUGGCGUUUCCUCCAUGAGUAAAUAAUAGUGGAGAUAAGAGGGUAAAGCAAGGCCUCCUCAAACAAUUCAAGGUGAUUAUAGCCAUUGAAGUGUGGCUGCUUAGCUUUUUGUUAAGAGUCCUGUUGUUGAGCAUUCAGGCCCAGCACUUUUUCCAAAUACAGGUAAAGUAGUUCGACAGGGAGAUGUCAUUCUUCGCUUGUCAGAUUUCAGUCAAUUGCAAAGAGGUGGAAAGUUUCCAGUUAAAGAUGCUUAUUGGAUUGAAUGGAGUUUGAAAUCCAUCUCGUAAACAAAUGGCUGAAGGACAUUAUUCCGCGUGACUCUAUCACUUGACAUUAUUUACUGUUUCAUGAGAAAGUAAGAAAAUAUCUGCCUUUAAUCGACAAAACUCCAGCCAAUUAGGAUUAUUUUGAAAAGGAUUAAUAUUGGCCGAUAAAAUCGGCCAACCGAUUAAUUAGUCGGGUCCUACUUAAAACUCAAAAGUUUGGCUUGCAACACAAAGCAAAAAAUGGUGCAAGAACUGUCUCAAAACUGGAAAAAUUAAGUUGCGGCAUUCAAAUUUCAAGGUACCACUGUAUGUCUGUGAAAUUGUGUUUAUUUAAUCAGGGUGAUGCAAAAAUAUAUUUACUCCAUCUUUAAUUUCCCCAUUAAGAGCCAAUUUUCAAGAUGGUAAAUCCCAAAUUUAUUCCAUUCAUUUCCAUAAAAUUUUCAACUUUGAAAAUUCCCAGAAUUUUGCAACCCUAAUCACCACCUAUGUCAAUGCUAUCCAAAAUGUACAAAUAUGAUAUGUUUAUAUACACGAGUUGCAUCAUCUACCUUUACAAAGACAAUAA